CUUGAAGUUACUGACCAGACAUGGCAGUCUUUUCAACUGCUGUGAUGUGGAAAAUUGUCUUUCUGCUGCUUGUAAAGUGUAUCACACUAACUUGUGCCAGUGGUACAGAUAUCGGUGGUGACAUAGUCGUCGACACAAACCUAACACUGAAUGGAACUCCUUAUACUGUGACUCAGGACCUCAUUGUAGCCGAGAACGCUACUCUCAGCAUUCAACCAGGAGUACAGUUGCACUUUGAUGCUGCAGUUUCUUUGAAAGUGAAAGGUUCUCUGGUUGCAAAAGGUAAUCCCCUUGAACGAAUUGUUUUUACCACGAACCCGACUAAUACCUCAGUAAACAGUUCCUCAAGCAGGCCAUCAAACUUCACCUACAAUGAAGGAAUUCGCCUUCGUGACGGGAGCAAUCAUCAAGAUGGGCGCUUGGAGAUAUUUAUGAAUGGACAAUGGGGAACUGUAUGCGAUGAUGCGUGGGACAUCAGGGAUACUCAGGUCGCCUGCAGGCAAUUACGUUUUCAGGAAGCCAAAAGAUUUUACACGUUCGGCGGGGGAACUGGGCCUAUCUGGCUAGAUGAUGUCGAAUGUAAUGGUCACGAAAUGAGUUUGCUUCAUUGCCGACAUCGAGGAAUCGGGUCUCAUAAUUGCGGUCAUGGUGAGGACAUAGGAAUUGAGUGUCAAGGACUGAAAUAUCCGAUAUGGAACGGGAUCGAGUUUAUUGGUUCAAAGAAGCGCCCAGUGAUGAAGUACGUGCACAUCUCUCAUGCUCAUAAAGCAAUAAGCGGUAAUGGAUUUCUCCCACACCUGGAUCAUGUGACUAUCCAAAGGUCUGUCUUUGGAGUGAUGACCAUAAACGGGACUUAUCCGCUGACCAUAAGUAACAGCAGUGUUAAAAAUAACUCAUUUACUGCCAUCUAUAUGGAGAAUCAUUCUGGGAACGUUACCAUAGAGAACACCGUUGUGGAAAAAACAAUGGUUGGACACGGGCUUCAAUACCUUGGAAUUGCCUCUGAUUCUGUAGACUUUUGUUCAUUUGAUGAUAACAGCAGUAGCAUCGCCUCAUUUCCAAUAAAUUUCCAAGCGCUGGGCAAGGCAUAUUCCACUAUUGAUUGUGCCAAGAUGAUUCGAAUUCAGCCAGGAAAGCAAUUGGUCGUUCAAUAUGAAUCCACGAGUGGAACAAACUUCGAACUCCAAGUACAUGACGGGAACACUACAAAUGCCACAACAAUUUCGUUUGUCAACCAACUGACAGGUGUCGUCCCACCAUCUUUGAGCUCUGGUCACGAACUAUUCCUAAGAUUUCGAUACAGUGGUGGUGGUUCAGACGCAAAAGUCAGAUUUAUAAUGACCAGCAGUCAAGAUUGUUGCUCUUUGGUAAUAUUCAACUCUUCAUUCAGCGAUAACCAGGGGAGAGGUAUAUUUUUGAAAGAUUUCGUAGGAAAUUUGGACAUUUCUGAGACAAAGGUCUUUAGAAAUGGCAUGGAUGGCCUAAUGAUUGAACGGACCCAUGGUAAAAUAACAAUGCUCGGCUCUCACUUUAUUGACAACAGUGCUAAUGGUCUUGGAUUCUUGGACAGCAGCUUUCUUUCAUAUAUUCUUUGCCAGCUAUUUUUCAAAGGAAACGGAUAUAAUGGAUUGAAUGUCCAACGGGUGGCUUUCAAAGGUAAAAUUUCCGAUUCGGAGUUCACUGAAAAUGGUUACAACGGACUUGUGAUCGCUUCUGGAACUGGCGAAGUUGUAAUGCAAAACGUCCUUGCGAUUUUGAAUAAACAAAAUGGAGUAAUGGCUUACGAUGGUAAAAUCGCCACUGAAUUUAAAUUUUGCAAUUUUUCAAGAAACCAAAAAGAUGGAUGCUACAUUGCCAACCAGGCGGGAUCUCAUCAAUUGUACAACUGCUCGGCAAAUUCAAAUUCAAGAUGUGGAAUUAGUCUUUCAGAUCCAAUUUAUUACUCUUCGCCAAAUUAUCAUUUCAAGGGAUUUAUUUUAAAGGACAGCACCAUCCAAAACAAUGCACUCUUUGGAAUCAAGUUCAGCUUUGGGGAAAAAAACCCAAGGGAAUAUGGAGUCAAUCCUAGUAUUGUGAUAAAGAGAAACUCCUUUGUUGGAAACAGCAGAGGAGGUAUCGUUUUGUCGUCAAACUACCGCAGGUGGUAUUGGAACGACCCAAGAAAAAUUGAUUUUGUUGUAAAUAACAAUCUUUUUGAACAGAACAAAGCUAACUCAAUUUAUGUUAACUGUUUCAGUUUUCUUGGUUCAAAUUCUUUGAUAGAAUCAAACAAAUUCGUAAACAAUAGUGACGGAGUGGUGACGUUUUUGCACGAUAACAAUUGUAAGCCUGAUCGCAAAGGUAACCCCAUUAUCGUGACAAUCAACGGAAACACAUUCACCAAAAAUCGUGUUGAUAAUGUGAUAUAUAUUGACUACAACUUAUACCCUGAGACACGCUCAGCUUCUAUAGGAAACAACACUUUUGAAGAUAACGAGCCUCCUACGAAAGAACUUUUUCCAAACUUUUUCCUUCGGCUGACAAGUCAUGCAGUCAUUGUUCUUAAGGAAGGCAAUUUUACUGUACAUGAUAACAUCUUUGAAAACCCCAGCUACACAUUUCAGAUCUCUUCAUUGCUUCGUGAUCAUCAUCGAGUUGUUGAUGCAGAAAUGAACUGGUGGGGAACCGCUGAUGGAUGCGAAAUUAUGGACAGAGUCUUUGAUUUUCAACACAAUGCCCAUUUAUCCCAAUUUCAAUUCUUCCCAUAUUACACCUCUUUGGACAAAAGUGCCGUGAGUACUUCAAGACCAUACUGUUUCCUUAGAGGUUCCAGCAUUGGUGGAAGCCUAGACAGACUGCUGACCUUGUCAAAUGCUGACUCACCUUACGACGUCCGACAAGACGUUGUUAUCCUGACCAACGGUACUUUGGUCAUACCUAAAAAUGUCACGUUAAGGUUUCCUCCCAGAUCAGUGAUGGUGGUAAAAGGAAAGCUCAUUGUCAAUGGGACUGAUAAUGAAAAAGUUAGAUUUUCGACAAAGCCAUACCAAGAGGAAUUCCGUUUGGCUGGAGGUGCUGGUCCUUGGGAAGGAAGAGUGGAUUUUCUGGUGAACAAUACCUGGUCGCCAGUGUGCGUUUCUUACUACAGAUCAUUUACCUCAGAAUCAAAAAUUAUUUGCCAGCAAUUUAAUCUCUACUAUCAGACCUACUGGUUUCACUCUCCUACUGGACAAGGCUCUGGCUUUGUGCAUAACGUCAUCUGCGACGAGAACAUUGACAAUGAUAUCAUGAACUGCAGUGUUAACACUUGGAGUUAUAGACCCUCUUGUACAGGUUAUACUGUGCACGUGACUUGUCAACAGUACAACUGGGCUGGGCUUCACCUAGCAAUGACCAAUCAUCAAAGCUUGUUACGUUACGUGGAAAUCUUAGAUGCUGGGUUCGCCUAUCGCAGCGACAUCCAAAUCUCCGGUGCAGCUCUGACAAUCGACCUCAACCAUCAUAACAUAAGCAACAUUUUCAUUAAUAACUCUUUGGGAAUUGGUGUUAAAGUGGUAUACCAGAGCUUCAUUCAUUAUGCGUCGUUGAUACCACAAUCUACAAUAUCAUAUACAAAGUCACACGGUGUUCUUUCAUACUCUCCGUCCCUUGUUCUCACAGACAUAAACAUGACAAGAAACGAUGGGAACGGUUUCAUUUUCAAAGGUACAACAAGUUCAUGGGAUAGUACACGCACAUUUACCGCCAAAAUGGCCAGUCGAGACAUGGAUAAAUAUCUCUAUAUCUGCUCCCACAACAAAACAUUUCUAUCCGCCGAAAAGGUAUUUUAUUUCAGUCUAGAAGCACUGGAAGAUAGCCUUCGGUUCAGAUGUCAACACGUGCUGGAAACAGAGCCAGGGUAUAUAAUACUUAUUCAGGAGCUUUACACUUCAACAAAUUUGGACGAUUACCAUAUCUUCCUACACGUGUAUAACGGAGAUAAUAUGUCACUAGGGAUCCCUUUUAAGUUGGGAUCAUCAUCCUUGGAGAAUCGACCUGUUUUCAACUCGGUGAAUUCUUCUAUUUUGUUUGAUUUUUUCAAGCACUCUGGCUUUAGUGAAGAUAUGAACUUCUUGGUGUAUACAGUGAAAGGAAGUCAAAACGUUGUGUACGUCGGAGAAGAAAUCAAAAUAGCUCGAGCCAAGAUAGCCAAUAGCCUUCAAGGAGGUAUUCUCAUUGGAGGACGUGUGUUGAAGCACCUCUGCGUAAGUGAGACAGAAAUCACUCAUUCAGAAUUCGGAAUACAGUUGACCCCGAGUGGUAUCAAUGCCGUUAAAAUUGUUUCAUCAAAGCUUCACCAAAACAACCAGGGAAUUUUUAUAGAUUUGAUCUCCUCUCAAGAUGUUUUUAGCGUGCAAGACUGUGUUGUCAACGGAUCACUAUAUCAUGGCAUACAUAUCAACGUACUUUAUCAGUCAAUUCGUCAUGCACAUCACAUCCAGAUUUUAAACUCGAGUAUUACAGAAAAUCGUCAACGCGGCCUCUUUAUCUCGGAACACUCAUACGGGAUGGAUUUAAACAUAUCACUCAUUGGCAACUUUUUCUCUUCGAACGUAAAAGGAGGCGUUUUUUACCAUCAGUACUAUUAUUAUUAUUAUUACCAUCAUUACAGAAAUCCUUCCUCAGUAAUAAAAUCGAACCAUUUUUUGCGUAACGAAGGAUCCACCAUUGAAAUUCAAUGUCGCAGCUACUACAGUAAUCAAGUGUUCGCAAUUGUUAGUAAUUUAUUCCAGGAGAAUUUGGGCUUCUCUGUUAUCUCCUUGACGACCUCUUACGGGAGAAUAACUUUACUAAUUCAUCGGAAUUUGUUCUUGGCGAAUCGUAUCCAGGAUAAUGCAGCGAUUGUCAUUUAUAGGUACACAGGGCGAGGUACUUUUGACAUUAGAAGCAACAACUUCACCCUGAAUUCCGGACGUUGCCUAUUUCUUGGAAGAACAGUACCUUAUGUUCAACUUACUGUUACAAAUAACCUGUUCCGUGAGAAUUAUUGCAAAAAUAAAAGUGUUAUAGAAAUACUUCGCAUGGACGAAAACAACAUCAUUGAGAGUAAUAUCUUCAUCAACAACAGGGCAAACAGUGUAGUUCUUCUUCAAGUGAUGUAUGAUAUCCAUCUAUCACUUGAGAGGAAAAUGGUUGCCUUCAAGAACAAUACCCUAUUCGAUAACGUUCCUUAUUCUGAAACUCAGUCUCUAAACGAACGUGAUUCUUGUGCGGUUGUUCUGUCUGGUAUCCUAGGGCACAAAGAAACAGAGUUUUACUUCAACAGUUUUAAUAAUACUCGAUACUUGAUGGAACUUUGUGUUAAAGUACUGGCCACUUCCGAGUAUGACGUAGUGAAUUUGACAUACAAUUGGUGGGGAACAGCGAAUGAAAGCAAAGUGCGUGAAAGGAUAUGGGACUUUGAUGACAAUUAUGACUUUGCUGUUGCUAAUAUAUCGCCAGUUCUUUUGAUUAAUAAUGAACACGACUUAAUUUCUUUCGAACAGCACAACUUAACACAAACGCGUAGUAUUCUCUCAGGGCGACUGAUAGAGUCUCUGACACUUAAACCCUCGCAAAGCCCUUACUUCGUACCUUCAGACUUUAUUGUCACGGCAAACGUUACCCUCACCAUACAAGCUGGAGUUAUCGUGAAAGUAAGCCCUGGGAAGAGAGUACUUGUCGCUGGAACAUUACAGGCAUUGGGAACGUUUGCCAAACCAGUGAUAUUUACAGUUAAGGAGCCUACAGAAGAUAACAUCAGGUCACAGUUUCCUUUACGUCUUGUGGAUGGCGAUUUUCCUUGGAAGGGGAGAGCAGAAUUAUUUUAUAACAAAUCGUGGAAGCCGAUAACUGUUUCAAAUAUCUUAGCCAUCAGAAACAUUACAAGACUACUCUGCCAUCAGCUGGGAUAUGGUCCAGGUGAUGUUUCGAAAGGAAAGUCCCAUGGUAUUGGUCAGGAUGGGAAAGGGUCGUGGAUGGUAGAGAUCAGCUGCUUUGGACACGAAACAGGGCUUCAAGAAUGUUUAUUCAACCUGGUAAUGCCAAACGAAACCACUGCUUUACAAGUUGUAAAAUGUGAGGGCUUACCUUGGGGAAAUGUAAGAUUUGUGCCACCCAGAGAUAAGAACACCUCCAACUUGCAGUCCGUGUUAAAUCACGUUCAGUUUUCUAACUGUGGCAAUCGCCAUGGAGCUGCUGUGCCAGCCAUUGAAAUCGUGAACAGAGCGCCCAAAUUACAAUUUGUUACAGUGAAAAACUGCACAUCCGGUGGCUUAAGAAUCUUCUCUGCAAGAACUGAUAUUCACCUCAAUCACUGUACAUUUAUCAACACAGGAGGCACUGGGAUAAGCUUUGUAGAGACACAUCAAAGCAUCAUGCUUGACAGUUUAGAGUCGAGCAAGAACCUACUGGGCGCCUCGUUUGAGGAACCAAAUCGUGAAAAUAUCCCUCGCGUUUUUUAUGGCCGAGUGUUUGUAUGCGGUGCCAAACAAAUUGUACAUAUAAAGAAAUUAACUUAUCUUUACUUUGAUACUGCGAAACUGAAAGAUGCAUGGGAGUCGAUGACUUGUCUAAAAGUAUUGACUGUUUCCAAAGGUCAUGGGAUCAAAGUUACUUUAUUACAUACUACAGGAACGCAUCGAGUGAGGAUUUACGAUUCUGGGAACUUUGGCAAUUUAAUCCUGGAUAGCUCUUACGGAAGCCUGAACGCGUUUGUAGGUAAAGCUUUGUUUAUACUGCGUGAUGCAAUUUUACUACAGUGGACUGGUGACACUAACUCUGAAAUUGUCGUUGAAGUGGAAGACAUAAAUGUUGUUGAACUUCACGGAAAGUCAAAUUAUUCACCAUGCACUUACGAGAUAGGAUUUUGCGGUUGGAAGACACUCAGUAACACGACCCUUGAAGGGCUUAACAUCACCAAGACAUGGAAAAUCCGAGCUGGGGGGCCAUUCAACAUACACGACUUCUCUUAUUUGAAUUACUAUGGAAAGGUUCUGUUAGCUGGUUCGGACUAUUACUGGGAUCGAACUGGUGGCUUAGCAGCCAUGAUCAGCCCUCCAAUCACAAAGCAGUCCCAGUGGUGCACUUUAGUUUACUUCUACCGCCUGAGAGGAAACGGAGAUGCUGUUCUGUCAGUCUACGCACAAACAGGAACCUUUUCCAAGAUUGACCACAGGCUGAUAUGGAGGUCUACGGACGACUACGUAUGGGAUUGGAGAAAGGUGGUAAUUGACCUUCCUAGUGACAUUGAUGAGUACAGACUUUUGCUCGUGGCUCGGUACAACUCGUCAUCUUAUUACUACUCAAGAAACUACGUCGCUGUCGAUAAUUUACUAUUAAGUGGCUGUUUAGCUAAAGAACAUCGCAUAUCAAACAGCGUUUUCAGCGGAAACCAGCAUCAGGCCAUAAAUUACGUUUCUACCACUGGUAGCAGCGAUAACCCUCCUUAUUUAACGAUUGAAAGGUGCAAAGUCACCGACGGUUCCUUCUCAAACUUGAAUCCAAAGACCUCUAUUUUCUUGGACAUUCAUGAUACAGAAUUUGCGAUUACCAACAACUUCAUCUUUGGAAACCAUUACGGAGGUGUAACCGUGCGAGCAGGUCGAUCCGAAGGAACAAGCUCAUCAAGAAGCCUAGUGUUUGGAAAUACGUUUUCCAGUAAUGAAAAUAGAGCCACACUUGAAUUAAGAAAACAAGGGAAUACAGCCAACUACAGCUUCAUUUAUAUCAAGGACAACGCAUUUGAAAGUAAUUCGGGAUACGGUUUCAGGAUCGUACGAGUCUCUGAUGUGGCAUGCGAAAUCGUUAAUAAUUUCUUAUACAAUAAUUCUGGCUUAUACCUGAUAGAUUAUCAACUUUUUAGUCCUUGGCUGAAGGGACAAAGGUGUGAAUUAAACAGUUUUUAUCACAACCAAGGUUCCAUCACUAUCAAUUCCAACGGGCCAGUGGUAUACCGCAGAAAUGUUUUUGAGAAUCCGUCCAAUCUUUACGAGUUUAGCUCAACAAGCUCGCCAGUUACUGACCCAAUUGAUGCCGCGCAGAAUUGGUGGGGCAGUGGAAACGAGUCCUUAGUUUCUCUGCGUAUCUACGACAAAAAUGAUUAUCCAAGACUGGCAACUGUGUAAUAUAAACCUGUUCAAAAAUCAUCACCUUUCAACCUCUUAACAGAUGACUGUCCCCUUGGGUGGAUUAAUAAAGGUCGGACGUGCUACAUUUACAGGGGUGAAAGUAGGACGCUAAAGGAAGCCAAGGAUUAUUGUAAGCUCUAUGGAGGGCAUGUGACUUCCACCCAUUUAUUAGAGGAUAUGGAACUGAUCAACUUGGUGAUGAAAAAAAUUAGACCAGAUGGAAAACCAAAUGCUCCCGUAUGGAUUGCAAAAGAAGGAAACGAAGAUUUAGAUGAUCAACUCUGCACCGUGAUAACACCCGAUAAACUUCAAAAAGAGGUUUCCUGUGACAGUCUUUAUCCCUUUGUCUGUACAACGGCUGUUUUGAAGUGCUUCAGCUGUACCCCAAAUAUAACAAUGGUGCCACCAUUUCUUUGCGAUAAUCUCAGAAACUAUGCUGUGGUAGAUUGUGCGAAGAGUACAUCGUGUUUGACCACUACUUUAACGACGUCUACAAGCCAACCGAUAUAUAUGAUGGCUUGUGGUGAGGCAAUCGCUCCUAACUCCAAGGUUUUGAAUUGUUCGGUUAUGGCGAAGUACGCGUGUGAAAGCGUGAUAUCAUCAAUGGUAAACAGCUCAGAAGUAAACGUAGCUUCGUGUCGAUCAGUCUGCUGUGGGAAAGAUAAGUGUAAUGUUAAGGACCUUGGUGCUACAGACCCACCAGUGACCACUUUUCCGCCUACCACCGAAG